GUCCCCAAACCCCAAAACCCUACCUCUCCUCUCCCCGCCGUCUCGCCGCCCUCCUCCUCUCGCGUCCCGCCCCCAUUUCCCCGCCCGCCCCAGAACCCUAGCCAAACCGGCCGCCGCCGCCGCCGCCAUGAUCACCGGCGGCCAGAGCUACGUCUCGGCGCCGCCGGCCUUCUCCGCCGACGGCCGCUUCCUCCUCGUCUGCUCCGGCCGCUCCGUCUCCGUCUUCAGCACCUCCACCGGCAUGCUGGUGUCGGAGCUGGAGGGGCACGAGGGGGACGUCACCGCCGUCGUGGUGGUGCCGCCGCAGAGCAGCGCUGCGGCGGCUGCCAAGCUCGCGACCCACUGCUGGACGGCGGGGCUCGACGGUUUCCUCAUCUACUGGGACUUCGCCACCGCCGAGCUGGUGCGGAAGGUCAAAGUCGACGCCCCAGUCCACUCCAUGGUGAUUCCCAACAUAAGCAAAAAAUUGAAAGUGACCGAGGUGUAUGCUCCUUUCGCAUUCGUCUCUGUGGAAGCUUUGAGCAACAAGGCUAUUCAAGAUAAGGCAAAGGGUAAGCCAGUUGCUAAAAAGAAGGAAUUGUGGGGGCAGCUGAGGAUUUAUGACUUGUGGAAAGGGUGCCAAGUGGGUUCUGAACUGGCUCAGACACGGAAGCCAGAAAAGAUUGUCGUGAGUUGUUCUGGAGAAUUUUUGGGCAUCGCAAAUAAGAGACAUCUCUAUAUAUGGAGCAUACCUACCAAAGAUUUCAAUCAUGACAAUAUAAGGAAAAUAAAGCUUGGUCACACAAAAAAGCUGAGCACCCUGGCCUUCCAUCCAAGUGAGAGAAUCGUUGCUGGUGGUGAUGCAACAGGGAGGAUCCUAAUCUGGAGAGGUUUUGGGAAGGCCAAGUUUUCUGGAACACAUUGUGCAAAGUCUCAAGUUGAUGAAGAAAGGGAUGGUGUAAGGGGUAAAGAUGAUGCGGGUACUUGCACUACAUGGCACUGGCAUUCUAGCGGAGUGAACUUUCUCAAAUUUUCUUCCGAUGGAGCUUACUUGCUCUCAGGUGGUAUGGAGGGGGUUAUUGUUGUAUGGCAACUAGAUACUGGAAAGAGAAGGUAUAAGCCACGUCUAGGAUCUCCUCUUCUGUUCUUUGUAGAUUCUCCAGACUCUUCCAUUUCCUGUGUGUCAUGUACAAAUAACCAAGUUCAUCUUCUAAACAUGCCUAACAUGGAGGUCCUGAAAACCGUUUCUGGAAUUAAGAUGCCUAUUGCUUCCGGGGACUUGAGUCGACGAGAUGUGUGUGGAUUUGAUUCCACUAAUGGCCUUGUUGCUAUACCAACACAAGAUUACUGCAUACAAUUCUACAAUUUGUUUGAGAACACUGAGGUUUCAGAGGUGCAAGUGUGUGAGAGGAACUUUCAGCCUGUUGACGAUAUUACGAUGUACAUUUCUUUAGUUUCAUUGUCCAUUGGUGGCAAUUUAAUGUGCACUGUGGAGGUCAAGCUUCCUGAAGAAGAAUUAGGUGGCCUUGUUACACUCAAAUUUUGGAACCAAGGGUCUCGUGCUGGACAAUUUCAUCUGUCCACUGUCAUUUAUGAGCCUCACAGUGACGCUGGGAUUUCUGCCGUUGCUUUCCAUCCAGGAAAAAACAUGGCCGUGAGUUCUUCGUUUGGUUGCAACUUCAAGGUGUGGGUCCAAAGUUUGGCUUUACAAUCAAGUGACGGAAAAAGUCAAUCUGGUUGGAGAUGCCAAUCAGUUGGCUCAUACAAGAAGAAACCUAUGACAGCUGCAGCCUUCUCAGGCGAUGGAUCUGUUCUUGCAGUUGCAGCUGAGAGCGUCAUUACACUGUGGGACCCUGAUAAUAAUGCACUCGUUGGCGUGAUUGCAGAAGCACUAUCGCCCAUUACAAAACUUUCUUUCGCUGGGGAUUCGGCUUAUUUGAUGUCUCUAUCUCAGAGUUCAAAACCACAGGUUGCUGUGUGGAAUGUGUCAAAUCUUUCCAUGCAAUGGUCUUACACCCUUUUCGCAGAAGCUGCAUGUUGUUCGUCAAGUAAGAGUGAAUUUGCGGUUCUUUCUCUUCUAAGCUGUCCUGAAGGAGGAGCACCAGCAGAGCAAGAUGGGAUAAUACUGAUUUUCGAUGCAGAAAAUUCAAAACCAGUUUCCUCCUGGUCUGUAAAGAAGGCAAAAGGAGGUAGCAUUGCUUUUGUGAAGGAUGGCCCCUCUUUCGAUGCAAACACAGACGACACAAGAGGUGGAGAGGCUUCAUUGCUGGUUUACGUAAAUGGUUCACAUGAAUAUGUUAUCUUUGAUCCCCUAAAGAACGAGGAGCCGCAAAUCAGCAAGAGCACACGGAAAAACAUUCAAACGGAUGAACCUGCACCCAUCGGUUAUGCUUCUAUUUAUGGAGAACUUCCAAAACUGGAACUGAAGAAAGAGGUUUCGGAUAUCCCAUUUAUCCCAUCAGACAGACCCUGGGAAACUAUAUUCACUGGAUCGUCUCACGCUCUCCCGCCUCUCACGAAACUGUGUUCUGUUUUCUUGGCAUCGUUGCUGGAGAAGAGACCAGUCACAGACGAGUGAGAAGCACCCACCGAAGUUUUGUCGCAAUAUAUAAUGGUAUACUUGCUAGUUGCAGUUGUCAGUGCAAGCAAACGAACGCUGACUCGGGCCGCCAAGGCAAACGAUUUAUGCCCUGAAGACCACAGUAUCAAGCUUGUCACGCAACCUGGUGGGUGAUGGCAAUGAAAUGUGGUGACUGGAUCAGAGCUCCUUUUGUAGUGAUAUUUAGUAGUGUCAGUGAAUCAGUGUGCUGAUCCUAAGCAAUUUUGCCCGUCACAGUUUAAUCUGUAAUCUGAACUUCUUUUGUGAUAAUUGAGUGUUUUCAGCCAGUGAAGAGUUUGUGGCACGACGGAACAAUCAUAACCUGUAUAUCACGCGAUGUUGACCGGAUGAUUUGGAGACAAAAUCUGUUGUUUUUAUUAUUAUUAAAUCUAUCCUUGCACGCA